AUGUCUGUACAAAUUAAAAUUUUGUAUGGCCCGGAAUAUGAUCGUUGCAAGACCAGUACGAUGUCUACAGAAAGUUUGAAAAAAUUAAAUUUAGAGAGGCUUUAUAAUGUCAUGCAAGAGACGGUAGGAACCUAUUAUCGAGAUUCGAAAACACUAAGGAUUCAAUAUAGAGAUGACGAAGGAACGUUUGUAACCAUUACAAACGAGAGAGAUGUAAAAGAUGCCGCUCGUUCGUGCAAAACAGUGCCACAUGAAGAAACCAAAAUGAUCCGCGUAUGUUUGCGAGUUGACGAUUCUUGUACGCCUGUUGGGAAUGCGUCCAUCGCACGCAGUAAAUUUGCCCAUCCAUCAUCACCUCCUGAAAAGCGGCCGCGUACUACGGUCGAUUCCAGGAAAAAAUUAUCAUUUGAUUACGACCAAGAAGACAAAAUACAAGCAAAUUAUUCAUCUGACGAUGCCACUGACGACUGCUCAUCAAUGAUAUCAGGCAUUGACACACCCUAUCAAAGGUAUGUCAAAAAAGUUAAAAACGACAUAGAAGGGAAGAAGUCUGAACUGUUCGAACUCGAAAGGAAAGAACAUGAAAUACAACGUAAAAUCUUACGAGUGAAAUCUAAUCCAUCAGAUGGAAAAUUGUGCUGCAAUUGCCACAUGCGACUAGGGCAUACAGCGCGCAGUUGUGAGUACGAGAAAUGUUUGUCUGUGUUUGGUUGCGGAGAAGAAAAAUUACACACAGGUGAACUCGAUUCUCACAGUACACAUAGUUCUAUUCAGAAACUUAAAGGGGGGACAUUGAAAAACUUGAAAGAGACUUAA